AUGUGGCGCGGCGCGAGGACUGUUGAUAGGGAACCUAGGUAUAUUUGCCUAUGCCUGGUCGGAGAUCGUGCGGGUAGGGGGGGGGUGGUCGUAGGCCCGUGGGGCCGCAGGGCGCACUGGCAGCACCGGGAGCUUUGCAGGAACUGUCAGCUAGGGUCUGCAAGGAAUUACUUGCGGGGAGACUUACAGCAAAGUGUGAUUCAAAGGUUGCUUAAGCCAGCGUACGAUUACAGGCGUACGCCGGCUUCUUAUAUACCGUACACUAAAUUAAUUGGUGGCCGCUAUGGCCCCUUUACAUUCGUAAGCAAGUUCGGAAGCGGCCGCGUUAUUAUCCGACGGUCGUACGUUCUUCCGAACCACAAAAGGGCGGGACUGCGGUGCUGGGAGCCAGGGGCUGGCCUGGGGGAGGAACGGGGUUGGCUGCUGGCCCGAAGAUCGGGUGCGGUGGCGGGGCUGAGGGGGGUGGAGGCGCUGGCGCGGGUGGUGGCGCCCCUGCUCCACAAGCCGGCAGAAAGCGACCAGAGGUGUCGCGGGGACGUCCACGAGAAGCUCGGCGGCGGCCAGACAUUGUUCGCGAAGGUGUUGGAAUUGGAAAAAUUGGAAAAAUUUUGAUUCUUGGGAAGUUCUUGAACCAACACUCAGACAUUGUCAGGAACACUCUCUGUCUGUCAUCUGGGUGGAAACACUUCGCGGAUGGAUGAGGAUACUCACAGUUUGUGGGAAUGAGAGCUGUUACAGAAAAAGAGAAAAGAAGAUGGGGUUUCACGGACACAUCUGAGGUAUUUAUACUACUCUAGACAGGUUUGUUUGCACUAUGAGUGAUCCCGCGGAACAGCCAGAUAACUCUAGCAAACAAAGGGUGAUUGUGGAUCGCAGGCCUGAAUCUUUCUAUGUGACUACAAAGAGUCAUUAUUAUUAUUAUUAUUCUUCAAUUAUAGAUGUAUGCAGUCAGAGACUAUGACAUCUACCUGAGAACUAAAAGUUCUCAGGGUUUUUCCUAUAUCUAUAAAGUUAACUAUUAUACAUUCACCAAUUUCAGAUAUGCAAAAUCAGAAAAUUCCAGCCC